CGCUUAGGCCUUAACACCACCUUCCGCCUCCUGGACCCGCCAAGCUAUAUGUCAAUCCCGAUAAACAAGCAAACAUUACGGAAUAAAUGCAAAAACAAGCUCAGCGCCAUACUACGACGACUUCCUCGCAUCAGACGGCAGCAGCUCGUAGCGGCAAUAAUUUUCUCAUUUAUACUCAUCUACUUGCACAAAGAGUUCCCAGCUGCGAGAUCGCCUUUGAAAGUGAUCGUAACUGGUGGAGACAUAGAUAGAAAUCUGCGGGCAAAACCAAGAAAUUCGACUGGCGCAGGUACAUUCCAGCUGCAAGGACAAACUUGUCUCAUACCUAAGCUGGACAUAAAUGGCUCAGAAGUGAGAGGCUUCUUCUUCAAAACCGAACCUCUCACAUGCUUCAAAAACCCUAGAAAUUGGGUCUUUAUUGAUGAUAAUGGAAAUGUGCAGUACAUCGAAGAGAGAAAAAAUGCGCAAUGUCAUGGAUACUAUGUUACAUGGAAAAGUACCUCGGAUAAUACUUAUACCGCCUUCGAUGCACUACCAAAUGGCCAACCCAUGAAGUCAGACUUUGCUCUUGUAAGCUGUACUGAUGGAUGGCAGAAAUGGAACGGUAUACUUCUGAGUGUGGUGCGGCGGAGUGACGAGAACUUACGGGUUAGGGGAUCGACGAAGAGCAAAGAUGGCACAAGCCUGAACUUGUACUUUCUCGGAUUUGAUUCUCUUAGUCAAAUGUCUUUCCGACGAAAACUGCCGAAAUCUGUCAAAGUUAUAGAAGAGAUUCUCGAAGCAGUAGUUUUGCAAGGUUACAACAUCGUUGGAGAUGGUACCCCACAAGCUUUUAUUCCAAUCCUCACAGCAUCUACAGAAGAAGAAUUGCCUCUGACUAGGAAACGAUUUCGGGAAGCGCAUUAUAUUGACGACGUUUAUCCACUAAUCUGGUCAAAUUUCUCCUCAGCUGGAUACGUAACAUUGUAUGGAGAAGAUAACUAUGAACUUGACGCUUUCACAUAUCGCUUGAAAGGAUUCCGCUCGCAACCAACAGAUCAUUACCUCAGACCAAUUUUCAAGGAGUUUGAGAAAGAGCGGAGAGGCUACUGCCUUGGGUCAGAGCCGCUUCACACGACGUGGUUUCGGUACUCGCGCGAGUUUAUGCAAGUUUACAAGGAUAUGCCACGUUUUCUGUUGAUGCAUCAAUCACUGUUUUCGCAUGACGAUAUAAAUUUGGUGGAAGUGGAGGACGACGACCUUGCAUACACACUUACAGAGAUGCAUCAAAGUGGUGAGCUGGAUGACGCCUUAGUCAUUGUGAUGGCAGAUCACGGUCACCGUUUUGCAAAACUGCGCGAAACGCAUCAAGGCCAGCUAGAGGAGCGACUGCCAUUUUUUGCAAUCUCCCUGCCAGCCAAAUUUCGCAGUACAAAUCAUGGCAAGAUAAUGUAUGACAACCUGGUAAAAAAUAAAGACAGGCUGACGACGCCUUUUGACAUUCACGCGACCCUUAUGGAUCUCCUUCACCUUCCAAAAGAUUUGACCACUAUACAAGACCCUAACAAACGAUCACUGUCGCUCUUCCGUCCAAUUCCGAAAUCUCACGUCAUUAACAGACAACUAAAAGACGUAUCCCAUCUAUGUGCCAAGCUUUUCUUACGAGAGCUUCUUGAUGCGAAGAAACUGGUAUCAAACGAGGAUUUGCUGAAAUACAAAAACGUAAAGGAUAAGGACGGCUUUCUCCCGGAUUUGAGUGGUGACACGAAAACUGCUUUCGCUCACUACCAAAUCAAACUUCUAACCAAGCCCGGAAAUGCAAUUUAUGAAGUGACUUUAUUCUAUGACUACGUCCUGAAUGCAGUUCAUAUCGACUUGGGUUCGUUUAGCCGCAUAAAUAAAUACGGUGAUGCUCCGCACUGCAUCAUAGAGCUGAACUACUUUCUAGCACCGUACUGCGUCUGUCAUGACAAAGUUUCCUCCUCAAACAACUGACAAGCUAUGCAGGCGAUAUGUAAAUUUUUUUUCGCAGAUUAGAUAGAUUCGGUAUGGAUCCAUGUUGAACUGCCCUAUUCAUUCAAGCCUUACUUCAUUGUUACUUUGACUUCCAAUGAAAAUAGCUCUGAUGAUUGGAAAAAUUUUGAUGAAUUCCUCUCAGCUCAUGUUAGCUUCAUCACUUUACUCUGGCCU